UACCUCUCACAACAGUUCAUACUUAACUGAGCCUCAGGCGAACUCCCCCAGGGGGGUAACGGCUCAGAGAAACAGAAAUUCAUGGUCAAAUCAAGGACACCGAGAUUCCUUUAGGGAAAUCAGUGUAUUGAGAGAGCCUUUGAAUGAGGAUUCUGAGGACUCGGACACGGCUUUCUCUGAACAGCGUUCUGUCCUGUCCCAGAGAAUGAAUGAUGGAGUCAACACAGCACCUCCUCGACGGCGGGUAUCUAUACAACAUCCAUCGCAAGAGAGAAAGUAUAGAAGUGUUUGCUCUCGCAACGGCUUUACAGAUGAGCAGAGAGUUUGGGAGGAGGAGGGAGGAGAGUGUGGUGAGGACUAUAAUUAUGAAAAUGGUGACCUAGAGAAGAGAAGGUGCAGGGUCUGGGACUGGGAAAGGAACCAGAGAGAUGAGUAUGAGGGUUCGCAUAGGAGAAGAGAUCAGGAUAGACAAAGGCAAUGUAGUCGCAGUGAAUCUGUCCGGCUACAUGACAGGAGUAGACACAGUAACAGAGACCUGGUGAGAACUUGGAGUUACGACGACAACCCUGACAAACAUGUACAUUUUCAGGAGGACACCAGAAGCUCUAACAGGCAGCGCAGUGAAGGCAGCAAUGUCUGGGACAUGCUAGGCCAGAUCCUCAUGGAGAGGGGUGUGCCUGUGAGGUUUGGCACCAAUGGGGCGCCACUGCAAAUAUGUCCCCGAAGCAGAGACAGCCAGGUGCUCCACGGGAGUGAGGCCUCCUGCAGUGACUCCCAGCCACAUCAGAGAGCCUUCCAGAGAGCUGCUACCACCAGGCACAGUUUCCAUGGAGAUAUCAGGGAAAGGAGGAGAUUGUCAUACCAAGAGAACAGUGGGAGAGAUCAAGGAGAAGACCGAGACAGGCACCGUAAUAUUGUGGAGCCUGAUGAAGAGGUUUAUGAGAUUAGUAGUAGAGACUCAUAUUUUGCUAACAGAGAAAGGGGAGGCAGUGGAAGGUGGAGAGCGCACAAAUCCACUAAUGAUGAUAAUAAAGAGGAAAGCAAUGUAAAUGGUCAUAGGGUCAAGAGGACAACGAGUGAACGCAGGCGUUGGCACCAAACUAUAGAAGAAAGGUUAAGCUCAGAGGAGGAGCAGGAGGUGGAGAGGAGAAGAGAGCAGCCCCGCCGAAGAGCCCCACAACGUAGCCAAAGCCUCAGCACCAGCAGGGUUUCAACCAGGGAUAGAUCAAGGCACAUGGCAGCAGGAGCGUCACUGCAACCAGAGCUUGACGCGGCAUGCCUGGACCUGGGUGUGCUGCAGCAGGUCCUACAGGAUGAAGAGCUGGCUCGCAAGCUGCAGCAGGAUGAGGAAAAGCUGUUGAGGAGGAACUCCCAGCCCUCUUCAUGCAGCACUUACCCAGAGGGAGACUUUAGAGUAGCACAAGUGGCGCAGGAUCAGGAAAUUGCGCAUUUUAUGCAAAGGCAGGAAAUUAAGACAAAGCGUCGAUCUCGCGAGCUAGAAGGGCCGUCAUCAUGGCGCGAACACAGAGCGAUGAUCAGCCAUCAUGACCGACGAGCUGCUCGAGACAGACAGACUUCUCCUCUGUGGAAGGUCCAGCGGGAAAGGCUUGACUCAGAGGGCCUUCCUUCCCCAACUGAGGACUGUUCCCCAGAGAUUGAGACACCCAGCUCCCCCUGCACAAUACUACAAACCCAGCAGAUCAGAAACAUUGCGGAAGAGCUUGACCCGACUUUCCAGGCCAGGAGACAGGGCACAGACAGCCUCAGAGUUGGACAAACAGGUCCAACUGGUCAGUCACCUCCCACUCCACAUUCUGGCAUACAUGACUUUGUAGAGGAGCCUACUUUCAUCCCACCCACAAAACGUCCAACUGAAAAAUCAGGGCGCACUAAACCCAAAGAGAAAAAGGAAAACUGCAAGCAACAGUAGCUGUCAUUACUGUUGGAUGCAUAUAUAUUUCAUAACACUAAACAUGAGUUCAGCUACAGAGUUCUGAUGAAGAACCACCAUCUACCAGCCAGCCCUGCGAGCACUUUAGACCAGAAAAAACAGACAGAAAGAAUUGUGAGGGGUGACACUUUACCUAAUAAUGACUACACUUUGGACUCUGCCUUUAUCAGUUUCAAAGGGAAAAUCAAGAUUUAUUGAAAUAUUGUUUGAAUUCUUCAGUGUUAAUGAGUGUUUAAUUUAAACAGUAUACCAUUUUUUAUUUUUAUUUUUUAGAAGCAGCUUUUGUUUGUUUUUAUCUAGUAAAGCAGUAUACCAUUAGUAUCUAAAACGUCAAAUGACAAAAAUAAGACGUCACUGUGAUGACCCUUGAUCCUGCGUAACGUGGUUUCCGGACAAGCCAGUUAAAGACAUCCACUUUUGGAGCAUUUACUAACUUUUUGUAAAGGCAGAUUGGCAGGACACCAGCCGAUUUUUACAAUGACAAUCAAAUUAACUUUUGUAACUCUUAUUAAAUGGAAAUCCCAUUUUCUUCCUCUACAUCAAGCUUUGUAAUGUCAAGAUGUAAAUAUAUCCUCUUGGAACAAGGUAAGUAUGUAAUCAAAACUCAAAGGUCCACUUGGAGGUUCAAGUGCAUCUCAGGUCAAUGAUGGUUUUCUGUAUCUGAUGUGAUAUAAAUGACUGAGACAGGGGUUAGCUCUCCCCCUAUAUAUGGGCACUUAUUAGCAUGUGACCAAAAAGCUUUUAAUUAGACAUGAAAACUUAGAUUAUUUGGUACAUAUUCAACUCAUAUUUUUGUAUAUUUUGACAGGAAUGUUUCCAGAGGCAAUUAUUAUUCUUUAUACUGAACACUUACUCCAGCAACAGAUUUGAAUUGAUUUUUACACUCAUAACUAUUCACUGGUCUCAGUUUUUGUCUUGUGUUUUGUUUGAUUAUAUUGUUCCCAAGUUUAAAACACUCUUUUUGUUGUUGUUGUUUGUUUUUGUCUUGAGUGAAAUAUACCACUGCUCAGGUGGACCACUAUGAAUGCAACUGUUCUGUAUGAAAAUGAAAAAAAAAUAAAAAUAAAACAAAUCCUUUU